GGAAGAGAUCUCUACAGAUAUUUGCUUUGUAGGAAUGUAAGUCUUUAACUUACAAGAGAUACUGAAGAUAGACAAUGUCAGUGAACAAAGAGCGGCCAGUACCUAGACCUCGAUAUUAUAACAUGGUAUAUCAUCGUACAUCCAUGAGUGGUGAAGGUGAAAAUCAGUUACCUACCUGGAAAACUUAUUUAUAUCAGCUACAGAAUGAAGCUCCAAAACCAAAGAAGAUGGCAUGUACAAAGGGGGAACCUGUCAAUAAACCCACAUACUAUGGAUCUGAGUACCAUGGUCAGAUAUCGCGGGAGGAGGCGGAAGAUAUUUUAUUUCAGGGAGGAGACGGUAGUUAUCUAGUCAGGAAGAGUGAUAGGGCACCAAAUGCAUUCACAUUAGCCAUAAGAUUUGAUAGUCAGACAAAGAACUACAAAUUAUAUUACGACGGACUUCAUUAUGUAGGUGAAAAACGAUUUGAAACUGUGGAACAAUUAGUUGCAGACGGAUUAAUACAUUUCUAUAUCGAAUCACGAGCAUCAGACUAUAUUGCAUCAUUGUCGGACGAAUCAAAUUACGCACAGUCGCCAUAUUUAGCUUACAGUGUUAAAAGAAAGAGGCUGCAAAAAUCACGCAAAAAUGCGAAUAAUCGUGUGAAUCAGCCCGAUGUUUUAGCUAAUGCUAACCUGUCUUUGACUCCAACAUCAAGAAAUUCUGUAAAAGAAACAAAAACGAAACAAAUUCUUGGUGUAAAACAUGUACGGAAAAAGCCAGAUGAUGAGGAAGAUGAUGUUGACAGUUUUGAAGUAGAUGGAGAGAUUGAUGUGUCAAUCUUUGAGAAACCUCAUGUAUUUAAAACACAUAACUUCAUAGGACUUCAUUGGUGUGACUUUUGUGCCAAUUUUAUGUGGGGAUUGAUUGCCCAGGGAUCAAAAUGUCAAGACUGUGGAUUUGAGGCCCACAAGAAAUGUUCAGAGAAGGUGCCAAAUGAUUGUAUGCCAGAUAUAAAAUUUGUGAAGAAUAUAUUUGGACAAGAUUUGACCACAGUUAUAAAGGCAAGAAAGUCUCCCCUACCAAUAGUAGUGGAGAAAUGUGUAAAGGAAAUAGAAAGUAGAGGCUUGGAUGCUGAAGGUUUAUACAGAGUAGCUGGUCUACACGAUGAGGUAGAAGAAAUAAGAAUGGCAUUUGAUAAAGAUGGAGAAUGUACUAUUAUAAGUACUGCGAAGUAUGAAGACAUCAACACUAUAACGAGUGUAUUAAAGCUUUACUUUAGAUUAUUACCAAUACCUCUCAUUACUUUUGAUGCUUAUCGCAGAAUAAUUGAGGGCAUGAAUAGGGAAGAAUUGAAGGAUAAAAUAUUGUAUGUGAGGGAAGGGUUGGCCAAGUUGCCCCCAGCACAUUAUCAGACACUGAAAUAUCUCAUAAACCACUUAGUAAGAGUUACUGAGCAAAAAUCAAAAAACAUGAUGACAUCAGAAAACCUGGCGAUAGUUUUUGCGCCGACGCUGAUGCGAAGUCCGGACUCCGACCCGAUGUUGAGUCUGAUGUCAGUUGGCGCGGAACAAAAAAGCGUGGAGCUUCUCAUAUCACAGAAUAAGGAGUUGUUCUUAAAGUGAAAUAACAAGGUCAUUUAUAGAUCUACUGACCUAUUGGGUCUUUGUUUUAUCAAAGAAAACACUUCCAAAGUAGUAGAUAGACUAAUGCCAAAUUAUUGUGCAAGGGUAAAUGAGUAAAUGAAUACAUGACAUGUGGCAACUUGAAAAAAAACAAACAACAAAUCCUUGAUUUUGAAUUUUAUUUUCAGAAUUUUUUUUUGAAUAUAUGUAACGAUUUUUUAAACAUUGUUAAGAGAUGCAUUUGUGUUAAACACAUUUCAAUAGUGCACGUCAAUGUAAAACACAAGUUAAAAAAUUCUGACAAAAUACUUUUUUUAACAUUUUUUAAAGAUUAUAUAUCAUAUUUGAUAUAUGUCAUUAAGUUGAGUUAGUGUUAGGGUGUAAAAACUGUAUGGGUAAGAGAAAUAUUGUGAAAUACUGAAAAAGUAUGGUGUAGGUAUUAAUCGUCAAAUAUGAAAUUAGUCAGACAUUACUUUUACAUCUCGAUCGAAGAUGAUAUUAUAAACAUAUAGUAAAAAGGUUCUGAAAUAUUUAUCUCUUAACCUUUCCUAGACUAAAUUUUUCUCAUAAGAGAUUUCUGCUCUGAUUUUAAUAAGACUGUUAAAAUUGAGCUGUCGACAGUAUAGAAUCUGGUAAGAGUUACUGGUCUUCGUCUGUGCUGUGCUAAUAUAUCAUUAUUGUCUUGAGUUAAUCUUAAGGAUAUGUCAAUUACUUACAUGUUGGCAAACAAAGUCAAACUGCACACCUGUCCGUCUGCGCAAACAUAAACAUCAAUAUGUACAUUAUCAGAAACAUGGACACAUCUAUUUAUUAACAUUUUUUUACACAUUCUUCAUCUCUAACAUGGUUAUUAUCAGUUUGCAAUGAAAUUCUAAGGAAAUGAUCAGCUUCGGAUAUUGUAAUUCAUAUAGAUGAUUUAUGCUGAUUCAAAUAGUUACAGAGUUAUUUUCCCUAAAACAUACAUUAUGACUUUUCAUCUUUUGGGACAUAUAUUUUUUCUCUGUACAUAAUUGUCAUUAUUGUAAUGAUUAAAUUUAUUGGGCAUUAAUUAAAAUAUUUGUCACAAAUAUAUAGCUAGUGCAUUUUACAGUUUAGUUAAAGAAACUCUAUUUUUGGGGGUGGAACAGGUGUUAAGGGGCUUGAGGAUGUUAUAUGUGCUGAUUAUUGAAAGUUAAAUAUCUUGUGAAGUUUUUCUUGAAUAAUAAUGAGUCCACAAUAUUGUAAGGAUAAAAUACUUCUUAACUAUUAAUGCCAAACAGUAUUUUUUAUACACCAGAUCUUUGCCUGCAUAAUAUGUGUUGUUGAUCUUAACAUAUGACAAUUUUGUACUUUAAAACUGAUGUAAAGUUACACUAUAGGAAUUUGUGGGGGAAAUGGGAAAGUCUAAAAUCUUCUCUUUGUUUUCCAUGAUGGUAAGGGGCUGAUAAGUAUGUUCUGAGUACUAGGUUUCCUUUCUACUCAGAUUUGAUUUUAAUGUAGUGUCUCUUGAUAUUUAAUUUCCAGUGCCGAAUAACCCUGCCCUAAUAUUUAAAGUUUAAGUGCAUCCUGAAUAAUGUAACUAUGGUGAUAGCAUACUUGAAAUACUGAUUCUUUCCUUGUGAAUUAUCUCUUCAUCUAGUUUAUAUAAAGUCGAUGGCUCUAUUAAGUUGCUGGCUCAUGCCUGAAAUAACACAUGUAGGGACACCUGAGGUCUUUCUCCACCAGUAAAGCAAAAAAGUAACCAUAUGACCAUAAUAGUGCUGAUGUGACUAGGUGUAACAGGACAAAGAAAGAAACAAAUAAAAUUUAUAUUUAUAAUCAAAUCAAUAAAAACAAAAAGAUCAAAGUUUGGAUCCAGUACCACACCUGGUCAGUUUCUGUGUCCUUACAUUUCUAUAUUCUCCUUCCAGUUACCUUUUGUCCGUAAGUAAAGAUAAAUUGCUCAUAUUUGAAUAUAAAUAAAGCAUUGCUCAUUCAUCGCAAUAACAAAGAACCUGGCAUGUUUACUUCAAUGUUACCUCAUGAAAAUUUUAUUUAUGAAACAUAAUUUUAGACAAUACACUUGUAUUAAAUGGCAUGUUAAACAGUAUUCUGCUUUUAUAUAAGGAUUCUGUUAUUUGCACUUAAUAUGCAUAAUUAUAAAUGUUUAUAUCAUGCUAAAAUAUUAUACAUGUAUUUAUGUUUGGCACAUGUUUAUUGUUAUUGUUUCUUUAAAACGAAAAUAAUAUAUGUGUUAGAAUAGGUGUGUAAUAUUAUAAGUCUAAAUAGCCUCUAGAUUUGUGUAAAUUUUUAUAAAAACUAGACUGUUCUUUUGACAUAAAUUGUUGUCAAGUGUACAAAAAAAAUGCACGUACAAAAAUGUUCUUUCCCAAUGAAUUGUCUGGUACGUUUUCAUAAUAUAACUCUGUUACACUUUCCUGCGCAACAAAUUGACUAUGCCUUGUUUACUUUCCAACUUGUCAUUACUGUAAAACUACUUUUAUUUGCUUUACAUUAAUUUUUGCUGAUAUUGGCAAACCAGUUUCUUCCGAAAAUUCAUAGUUAUUGCGAAUUAAUAUGUUAGCCCAAAUAUCAUUAUUUUAUUUAGCAACACUUUAGAUUUUGAAUAUAAUGAUGAAGUAAGUUCAUGAAUACAUAAAAAAGAAAAAUAAAUAUUUUUAGCAAAAAUCACAAAAUUUUGACAACAAAAACUAAAAUGUUCUACAGUAUUCAUUCCAGAUUUAUGUAAUUGAUUUCUUAGUCCCUUGGCCUUCAUAAUUAUCUUACCAUCCAUCUGAAAUAAUUCUUGCAAUAUUGUAUUACAAUGCUGUUUUGAAUUUUUUUUUUAUCUGGAAAACAACAACAACAACAGUACCAUAGAACUGUUUAUGUUUUGUUUGUCGCCAGUUUUUGUCUUUCUGGCUUGGUGUAAAAUAGUGAUUUAUUAUAAGUGCAAUAUAUACUGUACAAUUCAUCAAUUAUCUUCAUGUCUUAAUGAUUAUCUUCAUGUCUUAAUUGUUCUUGUGUUUGUUCUGUAGAUAUAUUGUUUUAUAACACUGAUUUCACUCAAUACCUGGGAAUAAUUUGACGUGCCAUGUAUAGGGGGGCCCCACAGACUGAGCAGUAUACUGACUUAAAAAUAACUGGCUUCUCUUUGUUAUUUUAUAGUUUUUUAGCUCGACUAUUCAAAGAAUAGUUAUACUGACGGCGGUGCUGGUGUCGGCAUCACACUUUAGUUAAGUUUUUAUGUGUAAGCUGGUAUCUCUAAAACUUUUGAAGGGAAUAUGCUGAAUUUUUCAACAAGGCAAUUAAGUUUUGUUUUUAGAUUGGUUCACUGUUUCUGUUUAAUACUGAACUUUUUUAGAAUGGUGUACAGACAUUGUACAAAAUUUACAUUCAUUUGACCUUGACUCUAUUUGUAGACCUGCUUCAUGUGUCUUUUACUUUUCUUUAAUUUACGAGGAAGAGUUCUCCCCAUUCAUACAUGUAGCCCCCUACAGUACUUUGUAUCUUGAUUAUUUUUGUCUUUUCCACUUGUUUUUUUAGCUAUUAUACUAUGUUUUUCACUUGUUUAUUUGCUAUUUCUUGUUAUAUUUGUUAAGUUAUACUUUUCCUAUUUUCAGUUUUGUUUUAUUUCCAAUCCAUAUCAUUGUAUAUUGAACUUUGUGUUUAUAUUAAGUUUGCUAAUAUUUUGUUUCUAUUGGCCAAUAACUAGAUUGGACUGACACUCUGUAGAUAUUGGAACUAGUAAAAUUUGUUUCUCAGGAAUAAAAACCAUGAUCGAGAUUUUAAACCAUAGCUCGUAGAAUGUAAUAUAAAUAGCUGCUUUCUUUGUCAUAGCAUUUAGUUUAGAUAAUUCUUUUUAAGUUUUAUAAAUGAACUUGUACAGUGUCACAGCAUACUAAUUUAGCUUAGUGGUGGUUUCGGGUUAAGCAAGUUCUAUGAUAUAAGUUGGUACCCUCAGGUUUUGAGCUGGUACUUUAGGGUAUGAGACCGUAUAUUGGAGAUUAAAGCUGGUACCUACACAUUGCAAGCAAGGGCCCUAAAUAUAUGAGUGGAUAACUUCAGGAUAUGAGGUGAUACCCUCAGACUUGGAGCUGUUUCCCUCAGGAUAAUAGCAUAUUCCCUCAGGAUCCUCAAAAUCUGAAUAGUACCACAGAAUUAGAUUUAUACCCUCAAACGUUUUGAACUGACACCCUCAGGACAUGAGAUGGUAGCCACAUGCUGUUAUCUUGUACCCUCAGGACAUGAGAUGGUAGCCUCAUGCUGUUAUCUUGUACCCUCAGGACAUGAGAUGGUAGCCUAAUGCUGUUAUCUUGUACCCUCAGGACAUGAGAUGGUAGCCCCAUGCUGUUAUCUUGUACCCUCAGGACAUGAGAUGGUAGCCUAAUGCUGGUUAUCUUGUACCCUCAGGACAUGAGAUGGUAGCCUAAUGCUGUUAUCUUCUACCCUCAGGACAUGAGAUGGUAGCCUAAUGCUGUUAUCUUGUACCCUCAGGACAUGAGAUGGUAGCCUCAUGCUGUUAUCUUGUAUCCUCGGGACAUGAGAUGGUAGCCUCGUGCUGUUAUCUUGUACCCUCAGGACAUGAGAUGGUAGCCUCAUGCUGUUAUCUUGUACCCUCAGGACAUGAGAUGGUAGCCUCAUGCUGUUAUCUUGUACCCUCAGGACAUGAGAUGGUAGCCUCAUGCUGUUAUCUUGUACCCUCAGGACAUGAGCUUAUACCUUUAUAAUAUGAUGAGUUUUUGACCACGCAGUAAAUUGAAUUUAUCUUUAAGUAACAUGACUAAAACAAAAAUCAAUUAGGAAAUAAGGGUUUGUUAACUUUAUGUUGUUAUUAGUUAAGUCUUUAAUUUAUUAUUUCUGAUUUUUUUUUGCAGUUUAGAGGUGUUAUUUCACCUUUUAUUAUAGCUUAUUCUCUAUAUGUAUUGAAACUUUUUGAUAUUUCAAAUUUCCCUUAGCAAAUUUUAAAACAGAUAUGUAAGACCAGUCUAUUGUUAGGAUUCUUUCAUUGGUCAAUUUCAAAUUGAUGAGAUCAUCAUUAACCAGUCUGUCCAAUCAUAUUCCAGAGUUUGAGACUGGUCUUUAAUUUUCAAAACUUUGUAAUGAUGAAUAUCGGUAUUUUUUUAAACUUAAAGAAAUGGUGCUACUAGAAAAAAACUGAUUACAUGCCUGUUCUUUUUUGGUUAUUUUUGUGUGUGCAAAAAGUGCUUUUACCAUAUUGCUUAGAUAUUUUUUUAUUUACAUGAACUUUGCUACUUUUUGUGAUGAAUUUCUAAAAAAAUGAUAUUUUUGCAUUGACUUGUCUUAAAGGGGACUGUCAUAGUGGUUCAAUACUGUAUUUGAAGCAAUUUCGAACAGGAUGGAAUAAAAGACUUUAAUCCACCACAACAUACAUACAUCUCUUUAAAAGUCUUUGCUUACUACAUGUAUAUCCAGCAUGAAAUGAUUAAGUAUUUACACCUUGAUUAAGUACAAGGUAUAUCUGAGAAGGUUGAUACAUAAACCUUGUCUAGACCAAAUUAUGAAAUAUCAUAGUAAAAUACCAUAUGUUUCAGCGAAAAUCUUACUUAGUUAAACAGUAACUGAACUGGAGUAAGAUUGGCUGAAAUGGUAUUGUUAACAAUUCUAAGCACACAAAACCAGGAAAAGGUUAUGUAUUGCACAAGUUAUGAGUUUAUUCUUCAUACAAGUUUUCAAUUGAUAUUUUCUUCCUAGAUUCGCCAGUACAAGAUAUAAAUGUACUUUAUAUUAAGAAUUAUUGUUACACAGAUUCUUACAAAAUCUAUUUGACAACCUGGGGGUGGGAAAGUGGAGGGAGAAGAAUAUUUUUGUCAUUUAUUUCCCCUCAUAACUUCAGGGACCUGGCAUAGUGUUUGGAUAAUGUAAGAAAAAACAGUAUAUAUUACAUGUAUAUAAUCUAAAUAAUAUAUACAAAGUAAGUUUUUUUUCUAGAACUAUUUCAUCCCACUAUCCAAACACUGCGCCAGGUCCCUGUUCUCCUCACCAUGCAUUUUCAUACCUCUGAUAUAUUAAUCAUUUUAACAUUUUAAGUAAACAUAAGAUGUUCACUAUAUUAUUCUAUAAGUCUAAAAGACUAGAUCGUUCCACGUGAUUUAUUUGACCAGUUAAUAUAGGACCAUGGUUUCAGAAGUGCUAACAUUGCUGUGUGUAUAUAUGUAUUAGGCAGGAUGACUUAAUAUUGUUUGAAAGAAAUGAAAACAUAAAAAGUGCUGCUGAUACGUUUAGUUUUUAGUCUAAUGAUGUAUAUCAAAUUAUUGUUCUCAAAGUGUUUUUCUUUCUCAUCUGCAAGCAAUUGUAUCUGUAUAUUUUAAAAAAGUACAAAAUAAUAUGAGGAUACCCCUACCAGUUAACUUUAACCAUGGCCAUACAACCAUGGUCACAUCUGAUACCAUUGUUAGCUGUGUCAUCACUGAACAGCGAGGUGAACCAUGGUUUAAACUUUAUUUGUAUGCACAUAAAACCAAGGUUGGCCAUGAUGUAUUGAUUUUGGUUGUCCAUAAUGAAACCAUGACAUAUACAAGGUUAAGUCAUGGUUAAAAUGUGUUAAAUAUGGUUACAAUGUAAAUUUAACAGACCUUUUUAUCAGUUACAGCUUAUACUAAAGGGAGAGUAGUUUUUAAGAUUUGUACAGUUUGCUUGUUAAUUAUGCUUAAAUUAAUGAUAUGUUUGUUGUUGUUUUUGAUGUAGCAAUAAUUCCAUCUGAUAACAUAGUAUUAUACAUGUAUAAUUAUCUAUUUUGUGUUUGUAAUAUAACGAAGUUAUCAUGUUUUUUUUUGAUAACAUAAAUAUUAUUGUAUGUAUUAAUGAUGUAGGAGAACCUGUCAGUUACUUAGACAUGGGUCAAUAAAGGUUAUAAAGAAAUUUUCUGAGCUCAUCCUCAGAUCUCUAGUAUUUGAUUGGUCAGAAACCAGCUCAGAAUGCACACUGACCAAUCAAAAUCUGAGAUUUGAGACUGAACUUAGAAAAAAGUUUUAUAGAAAAAAGUUUUAUAACCUGAGGCAUGAAAAACAUUUGUAUAAACCAUUUAGGAGAAGUUGUCAGUUUAGCAGACCUGUGUUUGAAUUGUAAAAUUCAGUUAAGAGAACCUGUUAGACAGGCUUUGAAGUGAUUUGAUUUAUCUGCCAUGUAGGCAGACCUAUGUUACAGAAAUUGUACAGUUCAUUUAGGAUAAUCUGUCAAUUAAUCAGACAGACCCCAGAAGUGUGAAUUGUAGUAUUAUUUUACGAGAAUCUUUCAAUCAUAAAGACUGAAUUGUGAAGCAUUUUGCAGGUGAUUGCUGAUGUGUAAUUUAUUCAUUUAGGAGAACUUUUUGCUAUAAUGUGUCAUUAGAACCUUUCUGUAACUGGCAAAUAACAGGUUAUCCUGAAUCAGUAGUUGAUAUCUUAAAAGUUGUAUUCAAAAAUAUACAUUAUGAUCAUAAAUCAUGUGUACAUUUGUCAUACAUAAUGGUUUCUUUAAAUAAGUUGUUUAAAGCACUAGACUUAUUUUUAACAUGUCUCAUUUUUUUCAUUUUAAAUGACCAUUUAAAAAUUGCAUAUUUUUAUUUGAAAUGAUAAAAACUUUGUGUUACAUGGUC